CCAACUAGUUGUCUGCCGUCAUUUUUAACAACCCCGUGUGGAGAAUUUUUAUUUAAUUUUUUAGAAAACGGCGAUAAUUCGGAAUUGUUUAAGGCAAAAUAAAUACAAAGAUGUUGGGUUUAAGAUUUUACGCAACCACGGCCACACAGAUGUUCAGAAGGGCAACAUUUAACACUGGCCAUGCUAUGAGAGCAUCAUCAUCUAAUGUGGCAGCUGUUGAGGCAGCAUCGUCGAGUUCUUCAAAUUCUGCCCAAAGUGCAUCGGGAAAUGCCGGCAAGGAUACCAAAGAUGUAGGCAGCCAGGAAGCAGAGAACCCAAAAAAACAAAAAUAUUCUUUGAUAGCUGCUGCCUUUGAAAACCUCAAAGACGAUUCAGCGCCUGGUACUGCUAAUAAAACAUCAGUCGCUGGUACUGGAAAUAUCGAAGAACGUAUCAAUAAUGCAAAGACAAUAAACGGUCUUUUGUCGGUGGCCGAAGGCAACAACACCUCUUUGACCCGCAAGCAUGCUCUUAGAAUUGUUUCAAUUCUGGCUGAAUGGAGCACAGUAAAUCGUGUGAAAUUAAAUGAAUUUGAAAAUGAUUCUCGUUUUUUGAAAGUUUGUCGCAUGUUAGGGCGUACAGUUAAAAAUGGCAAUGGCAAUGGUAACGAGAAUGGUCCAAAACGUAUUUCUGGUUUCAGAACUGAUGAUCUCAAUACAGUGUUGGGUGUUGCUGGUGAUGAUGAAGCUGCAAAAUUAAUUGCCAGCAUAAGCUUACCACAAAUGGUAAAAGUAAUGAGCACGUUGGCAGCUCGUAAACGUCGUAGUACGCCUUUGUUACGCUCCUUAGCUUUUAAUAUCAGCAGUGUAACUGAACCUAUGGAUUUAAAACAAUGUGCUGAUAUAUUCUUUGCAAUGGCUACAUUAAACUUCCAAGAUUCUGUUUUGGCUGCCAAGGUAUGUGCCGAUAUUCAAAUGGCGUUACCUAAAAAUACCGACAAAUCGGCUGUAGUUGGCUCGAUACUAACUAGUUUGGGUAUUUUAAAGUAUAGAGAUUUGGACAUUUUGGAAUCACUCACCCAAUGGACAUUGAAACACAGCGAGGUGUGUCGUCCACAAGAUCUUAGUGCUCUCUUUUUAACUUCUGCCAUUUUAAAUUUCAAACCGGCCAAUAUCGAUGAUAUUCGCCAAAAACUUGUCAAGACCAUAGUGCAACAAGAUUUUACCAAACAUGUUGAUUGGCUUAAUCAUGUUUGGGCAUUGACCAUGCUGGGUCUAUGUGAUAAUAAACAUUUGGAAAGUGUUCUAGCCCAAACAUUUGUGGAAAAUUUACAAGCUGAUAAAAGCGGUCUUACGGCUACCUCAAAAAUGAAGUUGUUAAACUUAAACAGUUAUGCCCAACUAAUUGCUACUGACUAUAAGGGACCUGUAAUUGCAAACGACAGUGUAGUAUAUGAUGUGCCUAUGGCCCAUCCAAAGUCGAAACAAGUUCUAGUUAAUGGUUUAAAGGAUGCAUUAAAGAGUCUUUUACCGGCCAAUAACCAUGUUAACAGUUUGGUAGAUAGCAAAAUGGGUUUCUUAAUUGAUGCCAUGUGUGUUUUUGAUGCUAAACGUAAUCCUUUGCCCCUAGAUAAAGAACACGCCAAUGGAAUCAAAGUUGCAUUGAUGGUGGUCGAUUAUCAUGACAUUUGCCAUGGCACCCAUAAAUCGGCUAGUGGCAUAACAUCGCUAAGUUUUGAUUUAUUGGAGAAGAGUGGUUACAAAGUGAUACCCGUGCCGUACAAUGAAUUCAACACCAGUGAUAAAUUAUUAAAAAGAGUGCAGUAUUUGGAAAGUAAAUUUAAAGCGCUCAUUAGUACUAAUACAAAAUGAAAAUAAAAACAAACAAAAACAAUAUAAAUUUUAGUUUAAAAUAAUAAUAAUAAAAAAGAAGCUGUUGUUAACUUAAAGUCAUAAGUAUCAUCCCCCCAAAACGAACUAAAUAUCUACUAUAAUAAUAAUUGAACUAAACAUUUUAGUUUAAAUUUUUAUUUAAAUUAAUUUAAUGGUAAUUGUAUUUGUAUGUUUUUUU